AUGGCAAAAAUUGGAUAAAAGUGGCAAAAAUGGGUGAAAGAUGGCAAAAAUUGGUUUGAAAUUGCAAAAAUGUGGCAAACAUUGACAGGAAAAACUGGGAAAAGUAGUUAGAAAAUGGCAUGAAAUGACAAAAGGUGGCAAAAUGGGUUAAAAUGGCUGAAGGUGGUAAAAACCAGGGUUGUAAGUUACAAUGUUGGUUAGAAAUGGCAAGAAAUGGCAAAAAUUGCUAAAUGGCAAAGAAGUGGCAAAAGAAUUCAAAACCUUUGGGCAUGGGGCAAGAAUGGCCAGAAAAACUGGCGGAAAAACAUGUUUUCAAAAAUGGGUUGCUGGUUAGACAUAGCAAAGGAUAACAAAAAAUAUGGUUAAAACUGGCAAAUAAUGGACAAAAAUUAAUUAAAAGUGGCCAAGAUGGGGUUGAAAGCACCAAAAGAGUCUUAAAAAUUGGUGAAAGAUGGCAAAAAUAGGUGAAAGGUGGAAAAAUAGGAAGAAAAGCUGGUAAAAUGUGGUUGGAAAAAAAAGUGGCACAAUUAAAUAAUUUGAACAUCAGAACCCAAAUAGUACUAUUAUCAGCUGUUAGCCAGGAUGAAUGCUAGCACCAAUGCUACUGAUCCAACCCGCAUACAUUUACAUUAUCAGUAAAUCACAAACGGGGCAGGCCCAUUAUACAGUAUAGUUAGUUUUGUGUAGAAUCACUUCAGACCAGUGUUGCUGUACACAACAAGAAGUGACACAGGUUAUUACUAUUUACUAUUUUUUUUCUCCUCUUGAAGCUAGCCGUUGCACCAUUCUAAUGAUGCUAUCCAUGCCUUUGUUGUCCAUAAGGAAGCUUUUCAACCAAGCCUGGAAUUUGGGCCCCUUGGGGAUUUUAAAGAUUGACACCAGUAGAUCUGAUAUUAAACAUCUUUUAAUCUGUUUUUUACAAUCCAUUUUUGAUCAUACAUUGCUGCUAGCUCAAGUGCUAACGUCCAUAUCAUGUUCCCAAGAAUUCGUUAUGAUGGGCAGUCAACAACGGCACGGCACAGUCAAUCCAGAAAGUUAACACCAACAGUAUUUGGUAUCGGCUGAUAGCCAAUGCUCAUUGGAAUCAGUACCCAGAAGGAAAAAAUGGCAUUGGAGCAUCUCUAUUAACAAUCCUGUUGAACUAGACUGUCCAUGAGUACAAAGUAAUCUUUUUUCUUGUUCAGCAUGAUCCCGUUUUAGUUGUAUUAUAAAUCCCUGUUCUGUUAAAAAAAAAAAAGUUUCAAAAUGAAAGGCUGGGGGUCACAUAGAGUACACUGCAUGAGUGCUGUUAUUGUGUAGAUUUAGUAAGUAGAGGUAUCUGGCAUUUGCCAUACAUAUAGUUAUACUACAUAAUACUACACCAAAGAAACAACCAAUUACUAGCGCCUUUCUUCAGACAAACAUGUUAUGAUUCAGGCAGAGCGAUCCAUAAUGUUAGGGUUAUGCAAUGCUAAAGGGGAAUGAUCUUGUUUUUCUGUCUGCCUGAUAAGAGGAACCUUCAGCAAAGACACUGCAAGGACAAACAGGGUUUAAGUUUGAAAACAAUCCGUCAACAUUACUUAACAAAAUAACAAUGGAGCUUUUAUAUUCACCAGUCAUUAGCUCAUAGGCUAUAACUUCAUGAAUUGUUACUUAUUGCGGAUGUUAGCUAUUACUGUUUUAUUGACACAUUUCUUCCAAAAGCAGCAUCUGUGUGAUUGUUUUCCUAACCUCAGGUAAAGACAGAGGUUGGUAAUUUGGUUGUCCAAAAACAGGGUUGUUUUGAUGUACAAUCACUUUAAUGUUCCUAAGUCAAUAUUGACAACAGACCUCGUGAACCUGGAUCUACGCACGUCAAGCAGGGUCAUCCACCGUUUCCAGCUGCUUAGUCAAAAAAAAUUUUAUUCGUGGUCAGUGUGUCAAUCAUUAACUCCUCAAGAGGCCGGAUCUCUAUAUAAAUACUGCUGCUUCAGAGAAAGGAGUUUAGAAACUACUCUACACUUGAGCUGAGCUAUCCAGAUAGAAGAACUUGUUUACUUGAGAUGGCUGGAUUACAUGAGAAGCUGAGAUUUGUGGCAGCACUAGCUGUGGCUGUCAUAGCUGCGGUGAGGUCAUCCCCGGUUUUGGGACCAGAGCCUAUCCGCUGUGCCCUGUGCUCGCAAGAGAAACUGAACGAGUGUCCUGCCAUCACAGCAGACUGCAGGCAGGUGCUGAGGGAGCCUGGAUGUGGCUGCUGUAUGGCCUGUGCUUUGGAGAAAGGAGCGUCCUGUGGGGUUCACACAGCCCACUGUGGGGAGGGUCUGCGCUGCACUCCGAGGCCUGGUGAGGCCAGACCACUCCAUGCUCUGACCAGAGGCCAGGGGGUCUGCACUGAAGACUUGGGUCAAGAAGAAGCUGAUACAGCUUCUGACCAAGGCUCCUUGCACUACCUACUGAGUCUCAACCUUCCCCUUGAUCACCAAAACACAGCUGAAGGCCAAGAGAGUAUCAAGGCAAAGAUCAACGCCAUCCGUAACGAACUGGUUCAAGAGGGUCCCUGUCACAUUGAACUGCAUGCAGCUCUUGACAUGAUCGCCAGCUCUCAGCAGAAACUAGGAGAGAAGUUCACAACUUUCUACCUUCCAAACUGUGACAAGUAUGGCUUCUACAAGGCCAAACAGUGUGAGUCAUCUCUGGUUGGACCGCCGGCCCGUUGCUGGUGUGUCUCUUCCUGGAAUGGGAAGAGGAUCCCAGGAUCGAGUGACUUGCUUGAUGACUCAGAGUGUCAUCAAGAAGUUUCUCACUGAAGGAUAGACACUUUUUUAUCACUCAUAAAUAAACACAGACACACAAAUCUAGACAAAAACAAACAGGUUUCAUGACUUUAAAUGAGGUAAAAGUUCAAGUCUAUUUGCAACAACCUGAUAAGUGGACUGCUUUUUCCAAAAACACUUUCAUUCACACUAAUAUCCUAUUCCAGAGGGAGAAAAAUCUCUCAUUUUAUUUACAUGUAUGUAUCAAGGCUUAUUUAUUCUGUGCUUGUAUAUUCCUACUAACCAUUUGUCAUUUUUAGAUAUUUUAUAUGUUUGCCUCUUUUUUUGAUUGUAAAUAGGGCAACACUGUAUACAUUUGUGUUUCCGAAUAACUCCACUGCUCACAACCACAAAUCCACAGCUCUGCCAAAUCCAUUUCAGAGUCUUCAGGAUCAGGUUUUUUUUUUUAAUUCAUUCAAAACUGGAGCUGCUCGCAGCAAGACACAACACAGCCGCUCAUUCAUUCAACAUGUUGACAUUGUCUGAAUGUAUCUCCAUUGGCGUUUCCUCAAUGGGUAUUGGGGAAAUACUUAGAGUGCCACAAGUAUGUGCACAGUGGCCAAGCACAAACAUAUCAAGAUUCAUCCAGGCCACGAUGGGGUUUGGGAUUGGUUUUUCUGCAUUUGUCUACCUCUACAGGUCUACUUGUUUAGCACAAAACUGCUGAGGGCUCUUCUCAGCAACAUAUAAGAACUUUUAUUGGUCUAUUUCAUCAUUUAUUCAAGUAUUUAUUAUGAUUCAUUUGUAUAUUUAUGCUAUUGUUUGCUGCUGAGCUCUUAUGCAGUCAAUAAAAUUGUUAAUAGUGUUUGAGAGGAUUGCUGCUAUUCUGUUAUUGGUUUUGUUGAAACAAUGUACAUAUUCUUAUAAUUCCCUGGAUGUGCAUCCAAUUAAAGUGUUACCACAUUGGA